GGAAAAGCCUCCAUGGCAUUCAUCAUCUGCAGUCUUUGUUGUAGGUAUAUAUAUAAAUAGAUGUUGAAUGCAUUUGUUGAGGAUAUUGUGGUUUCCAAACCUGAACUUAAAUAAAAAGUGUUGAGAUGAAUAAUGAAGAGGACCUUCUGCAGGAGGACUCAACAAAAGAUGAAGGCAAUGAGACUGAAGCCAACAGCAUGCAUAAAUUAAGAAAGACGAGGAAGAAAGUCACUAAAUCACAUGUUUAUUCAACUGAAGUGGGAGAAAUGGAUAUAUCCAACUCAAAUGAGAGGAUCAGAGACCAAAUGGUGUGCCACAAAUUAGGGAAAAUGAGCAAACCAGUCAUGGGACCUGGCUCUGCUGAGUCUCAACUGUCACAUGAUGACAAGGACUCUCAGGAUGAGACAACAGUGAUAAAACUAUUGUCCCCCAGAACAACAACCAAUGUUCCUAGUGGUGAAUUUAACCCAAUCUCUGAUUGCAUGAGGGACAGCAGUCAAAUAUUGACCCCACCUCAACUCUCUUCUAGAAUGAAACACAUUAGACAAGCCAUGGCCAAAAAUCGCCUCCAGUUUGUACGAUUUGAAGCAACAGACCUUCAUGGUGUGUCCAGGUUUAAGACUAUCCCUGCACACUUUUUUCAAGAGAAAGUGAGCCAAGGUGUUUGCAUGCCCCGAGGUUAUCUUGAAGUGAUGCCAAAUCCUAAGGACAAUGAAAUGAAUCACCUAAGAGCCACCUGUUUUAAUAGUGACAUAGUCCUAAUGCCAGAGGUAUCAACCUUUAGAGUUUUGCCAUGGGCUGAGAGAACUGCAAGAGUGAUAUGUGAUACUUUCACUGUGACUGGUGAGCCUCUUUUGACUUCCCCAAGGUACAUUGCGAAAAGGCAGUUGAGCCAGCUACAGGCCUCUGGCUUUUCCCUGCUUUCUGCCUUCAUCUAUGAUUUUUGCAUUUUUGGUGUGCCAGAAAUUUUAAAUUCAAAGACCAUAUCUUUUCCUGCUUCAACAUUUUUUAAUAACCAUGAUCAGCCCUUCAUGCAGGAACUUGUUGAUGGCUUAUAUCACACUGGAGCCAAUGUUGAGAGUUUUUCCUCCCCUACCAGGCCUGGUCAGAUGGAAAUCUGUUUUCUGCCUGAAUUUGGCAUUAGUUCAGCUGAUAACGCAUUUACCCUCAGAACAGGUGUCAAAGAAGUAGCAAGCAAAUAUAAUUACAUCACCAGCUUCUUCAUUGAGACUGGACUUUGUAAUUCAGGGGUUUUGUCUCAUAGUAUCUGGGAUGUCGAUAGGAAGAAAAACAUGUUCUGCAGCAGCAGUGGAACUGAGCAGAUCACGAUUACUGGGAAAAAAUGGUUGGCAGGACUCUUGAAACACUCUGCUGCUCUCAGUUGCCUGAUGGCGCCUGCUGUUAGCUGCCGAAAGCGUUAUUCCAAGGACAGAAAAGACCUGAAGGAGAGUGUGCCUACAACGUGGGGAUACAAUGAUAACAGCUGUAUAUUUAAUAUCAAGUGUCAUGGAGAGAAAGGCACCCGGAUAGAAAAUAAACUAGGCUCAGCAACAGCAAAUCCUUACUUGGUGCUGGCUGCAACUGUGGCUGCAGGCCUAGAUGGACUUCAUACAAGUGAUGAGGUCUUGGCCGGUCCAGAUGAGAGCACAGACUUCUACCAAGUAGAACCUUCCGAGAUCCCUUUAAAACUGGAAGAUGCCCUUGUGGCACUGGAAGAAGAUCAAUGUCUGAGGCAGGCUCUAGGAGAAACCUUUAUUCGAUAUUUUGUUGUCAUGAAGAAAUAUGAGUUGGAGAGUGAAGAAAGAGAUGCAGAGAGAAAUAAAUUCUUAGAGUAUUUUAUUUAGAAUAGAACUCACAACUACUCUUUAGAGAUGUAAUUAUUACUUAAAGCUAAUCUACCAAAACAAAAAGACUGAACUUUUAUAGUUAACGAGAUAACAAGACUAAGAACACUUGCCUUUUUUUUUUUGUCUCCAUGGAAUAUUUGACAGAUGAAGUAGGACCGCUGAGAAGAUCCUGAUAACAGAAACAAACAAUAAAGUUGUGGUGAAGCUUUAAUAGGCAAAUUACCAGAUCUUGUCUGUUAGUCAUCAUCUCCUAUGUGUAUGCUGAUCUGGAUACAAAUAUUCAAUUUUGGGGGGCGAUAAAUAUAUUCACACAUAAAAAAAAGACUUAAGCAUUAGAAAGCAAAAAUUAAAUGACU